GUCGCCUGUACCUCCCUGCUAGGACUGUUUGUCAAAGCUGAGGUGUGUCGGAAUUGGUGCCAUCCCUUCUUCAGUAGCCAUGAGUGGAGAAGCUGUACCCGAUUCCGAGGAGGAUGAUUCCGACUAUGUGCAAGACGAAACCGCCGGGGACGAUGAGGAGGAAGACGAGGUAGAGGAGCCGGAAGAUACGAUGGGGGUGGCCACCAGCGAUCGACAGAGGUCAAAGAUCGACGAUAUCUGGGCAAGCAUGAACGCGAGCGGGGCUGACGCUACGGCGCCACCGGCGGGGGGAUCGGGAACCCGACUUGCCGAGGGGAAGGGAACGAAGGCUACUAAGAAGAAAAAGAAGGCCAACAAGAAGGCCAACAAGGUUCUUGCCGGGAUUUUCGGCAAGAAGGCGGCGUCCGACAUAGUGUCGGGGGCCGGCAAGGGCAAGCGGCGAGCGGGGACUGCGGAAGGAGCCGCGCGAAAGAAGCUGCUCGCGGCCAGCCGGAAGGUGGAGGUGACCGAGGUUAAGAAGUACGCCGGAAAGGACAUCGUGGUCAAGCGAAAAGUGGCGGCAGGGUCGGCGGAGCACGUUGCCGCUGCGGGAGCGAAGAAGAAGGGGGGGCUCGAUAAUGUCCUCGCCGCAUUAGACGGGCCAAAGUCGAUAUCCACGGUAACGAAAUCUUCUAUGGAUUGGGAGACUUACAAAGCGGCCGAGGGCAUCGAGGGAGACAUGGAGCAGGCCACGAAGGACGGGAAAGGGUACCUCAACAAGCAAGACUUCCUGCAGCGGUGCGACGUGCGGAAGUUCGAGACCGAGCUCGAGGCUCGCCAGUCGAAGCGCGACGCAUGACGCAUAAUCUCAUCAUUGUUGGUUGUGAUGGCCGGAAGGGGUGUCGAGGUCGAAACAGUCAUGAGAGUGGGUUUUCGAACAGCAGUCUACGCAGGGUUUUCCAAAGUAAGCAAACUUACUGGAUACAGUAAGAAUCGGCUACAUUGGGGUUAGGGUUACGGUCUGCGUGUCCCCUUCCUUGUCUCUUGUAGUAACCUUACUUUCUUUGCGUAGGCAGUCCGGUGGAACCUGCGGUGGGAUUGGGGUCGUGCAGGAGGCGAGGUAUCCCCACAGGCGUGCAUCGCUCCGUUUGGAAAAUAUAGGGACCACUGGGACAAAUACAUUUGGUAUCCGAACGGUCCUUACCGCACAGAGUGGUGUUGUUAAACGGUCGUUCAGCGCCGGUUUUGACGUGUAGGAGAUGUGCGCCACCAGCAAGUUUGUCUCGCUGCCUUAAACUUCGAAGUACCCCUUCGGUUGCGCACCGUCUUGUUUGUGAUUGAUGUGUUUCAUAUGUGCAUGUGAACAGCAGUGAUCUUCUGGAACGCAUCCGUGGGCAGUUGCUUUCGUUCCUAUUCUUGUCUGGUGGCUAGCGGUGAUUUGUUUUGUCGAGGGUACAGCGGCUGGAGCGCGGUGCGGAGCCGUGCUCAUUGAUGGUCGUAAAUGUUAUAUCUCGUGCUGAGGAACAGCAGCAUGUAUCUCCAGCGGUGGGCUGGAUUCGCUUCCAUACGGUUUUAAUGCCGUAACACCCUGUGGUGAAUUCAAGCAAAGGCAAAAGACGCCUGGCCGAAAACGCCGGGGGGAGCUCCCUCUUUGCCUCGCUUCACCUUGAGGUUUCCGUUUUUUCGUUUUCUCCGUAGGCUAGGGCAAAACUUUUUAUCAUAGUUUAGGACACGUUUUUUUCCGCAGGCUAUCGUGGGAUAUGAUACCCGUAACGUGAAUGCCGGAAAAGAUGAACUCCA